AUGUCAGAUUCCGCUCCUAAGAGGAAACAGGGCCCUGGCGGCUCAGAUGGCUCGGCAUUGAAGAAGAGAAAGGAGGGCACGGGAGGAAGAUGGAAGACGCCAGCUCAAAAGGCAAAGCAGGCCUCGUGGGUCGAGAUGGGCAAGGCUCUCGAGGUGGGCGACGAAGGCAUCUGGGUCACGUAUGCGAGAGGCAUGAAGAACAAGGCCGUUCGGGAGUUUACGGCCAUGUGCCAUGAGUACGGCGAAAAGCUCUACGGGAUCACGCCCCCGGCCGACGAGUCAGAAGCUCACCACCCGGCCGACGGAGCCGAAGAGGAAGACAUCGAGGCGUCCAUCGAAAAGGAGCUCGAGCGGAUGAAGGCUCCGCCCAAGCCCCAGCCGCGCGGCGUCUUCUCGCCCGUGUCGGUGACGAUUGAGUGCGUCUUCUUCAUGAAGACGAUGAGGCCCGUGGACCCGUGUCAGCUGGUGCGUGAGAUGUGUCUCGAUGCGCAAAAGUGCGGGAGCCCGAUGGAGAGGAAGUGCAAGUACAUUAAUCGGUUGACGCCGGUGAUGGACACGGAGAAGGCGUCUGAGAAGGGGGUGAGGAGGGUGGCGAGGAAGGUUCUCAAGUCGUUUUUUGCGUUGAAUGAGGAGGAGGAGGAGGAGGUUGAUGAUGCAGAGGAUGGCAAAGACGGAAAGAAGGAAGAUGGAGAGGAGAAUCCAUACGCCAUACGACACACAAUCAGGAACCACACCGCCUUAGAGUCACAGGCCGUCAUCAAGAUGAUUGCGGGCAUGAUCAAGCCGGAGCACAAGGUCAACCUCAAGAGCCCAGACAAGGUCAUUCUCGUCGAGAUAUUCCAGCUGUUUUGCGGCAUCUCCGUAGUCGAUGGCCGGGAGUGGGAGGAGCUGAAGCGGUAUAACAUCAAUAUGCUGUAUGGCAUGGCGGGCGAGCAGAAG